CACAACGCAGUAGUAAAAGCCAGACUUUACUGGAGUGAAUUUUUUAUGUCUUGCAUUAAAACUGCCUUUUUUCAUCUGUCUUGCUUGUCCCAGGUGGCAAAGCUGGCAGCUGUUUCUUCUGGUCUGCCGUUUGCUUGUAUUACUGUAUAUGCAGCAGCAGAAAAGGAAUCAAAAGGUCAGCUGGUGAAGCCAAAUCAGCUUCCAAUUUACUGUCCACCACCUCUGAAAUCCAAAUAUGUUGAAGAACAGCCUGGUCACUUGCAGAAGCAGUUUUCUUCAGUGAGACAGACAACUGGCCGCUAUAUUGGAUGGUGCAAGGAUGCUUUUAUCUUUAUUAAAAAUGGAGUAAUGGAUUCAAUUCAAUUUGGAAAAGAUGCCUAUGUGUACCUGAAGAAUCCACCACCAGAAUUUCUUCCCAAAGUUGGUGUAAUUACAAUAUCAGGCUUAGCUGGCGUAGUGCUGGCAAGAAGAGGUUCUAGAUUUAAGAAAAUUGCUUAUCCAUUGGGACUUACUACUUUAGGAAUUUCUGUUUGUUACCCUGCUCAGUCAGUCAUAGUUGCUAAGGUAACGGGGAAAAAGUUAUUUUCUGCAAGCCAUCAAAGCUACGAAGCUGUGCGGUCACUGUGGGCAAAAAAGGAAGAUGUCACCAAGCUACGGCAAGAGUCAAAAUCAGUUACACAAGAAGAUAAGAAAAAGAAAGACAUUUCUAGUACAAAACCUGAGUCUGCUAUUGAGUCAAGAUCAUUUAACAGAACAGAAUCUUCUCCAAUGGAGUCUUGGAGUAAUAAAGAUCCAGUGCCUUCACCAGGAGCAGUGAAGACACCAAAAUUUAAGCCUGAUCCAAAACUUAUGGACCAUGGUCAGUCCAGCCCAGAAGAUGUGGAUAUGUACAGUACUAGAAGCUAAGACAAAUCUGCUUACAAAUCUUCACAAAGUAUUACAGAUAAGGGGGAGGGAAGAAGGGAAGGAAUAAUUCUUACAAUACAUACUCUGCGAGGUAUAAUUUAAUCAGAUAUUUUCUUAUAUCCAAUUUGUAUUAUUGACUUACAUGAUUCUGUUCAGUGAAUAUUUUGUUUCUCAAUACUUACAAGCAAUGAGAAUUCACUCAUUGUCAGUGUCAUUAGUGAGACACUGAGAACAUGAGAUUUGUCAGUGUCUUCUCGCAAAGAGGUUUCUCUGUGCCAAGCUGUUAAUAAAUGUCACUUCAC